GGUAUACUCAAGGUGCUGAAAUAGCAACCAUGUAAAGAGACUUGUCUCAGAGUUAAGUAUCUGCUGUGCUGGCCUGGACGUCUCUGAGAUGACAAUAGGGGGAAUGGAGAACGUGGAAGUCUUCACUUCUGAGGGCAAAGGCAGGGGUCUGAAAGCCACUAAGGAGUUCUGGGCUUCCGAUGUCAUCUUUGCUGAGCGGGCUUAUUCUGCAGUGGUUUUUGACAGCCUCACUAACUUUGUGUGCCACACCUGCUUCAAGAGACAGGAGAAACUCCAUCGCUGUGGACAGUGCAAGUUUGCCCAUUACUGUGACCGUACCUGCCAGAAGGAUGCCUGGCUGGAUCACAAGAACGAGUGCUCGGCCAUUAAGAGAUGUGGGAAAAGGCCCAAUGAAAACAUCAGGCUGGCCACGCGGAUCAUGUGGCGGGUGGAGAGAGAGGGCACCGGGCUUACAGAGGGCUGCCUGGUCUCUGUGGAUGACUUGCAGAACCACGUGGAACACUUUGGGGAGGAGGAGCAGAAGGCACUGCGGCUGGACGUGGACACUUUCUUGGAGUACUGGCCCUCUCAGAGUCAGCAGUUCAGCAUGCAGUACAUCUCGCACAUCUUUGGAGUGAUUAAUUGCAAUGGCUUCACUCUCAGCGACCAGAGAGGACUGCAAGCAGUGGGCGUGGGCAUCUUCCCCAACCUGGGUCUGGUGAACCAUGACUGUUGGCCCAACUGUACCGUCAUAUUUAACAACGGCAAUCAUGAGGCAGUGAAAUCCAUGUUUCACACCCAAAUGAGAAUUGAGCUACGAGCCCUGGGCAAGAUCUCAGAAGGAGAAGAGUUGAAGGUGUCCUACAUCGACUUUCUCAAUGUUAGCGCAGAGCGUAAAAAGCAGCUGAAGAGCCAGUAUUACUUUGACUGCACCUGUGAACACUGCCAGAAAGGACUGAAAGAUGACCUUUUCCUGGGGGUGAAAGAUGACCCGAAGCCAUCUCAGGAAGUGGUGAAGGAGAUGAUACAGUUCUCCAAGGAUACACUGGAAAAAAUUGACAAAGCUCGCUCUGAGGGUUUGUACCAUGAGGUGGUGAAAUUGUGCCGGGAGUGUCUGCAGAAGCAGGAGCCAGUGUUUGCUGACACCAACCUCUACAGGCUGCGGAUGCUAAGCAUUGUCUCAGAGAUCCUCUCGUAUCUCCAGGCCUUUGAUGAAGCAGCUGACUAUGCAAGAAGGAUGGUGGAUGGCUACAUGAAGCUCUACCAUCCCAACAAUGCCCAACUGGGCAUGGCCGUGAUGCGGGCAGGGCUGACCAAUUGGCAUGCUGGUAACAUUGAGGUGGGGCAUGGGAUGAUAUGCAAAGCCUAUGCCAUUCUCCUGGUGACACAUGGACCCUCCCACCCAAUCACCAAGGACUUAGAGGCCAUGCGGGUGCAGACGGAGUUGGAGCUGCGCAUGUUUCGCCAGAACGAGUUCAUGUACCACAAGAUGCGUGAGGCUGCCCUGAGCAACCAGCCCAUGCAGGUCAUGGCUGAACCCAGCCAAGAGCCAGCCCCAGCCCUGUUCCAUAAGAAGCAGUGA